UGUUACGUGGGGCACGUAAACAGCAGCCGGCCGUCUGAACCAAAUUUAUCGAAAAAACGUAGUGUUUUUAUAUUUUCCUAAGCCUCCUGAGCCUGAAUUUGGUGCGAAAAUGCACACAGUACUGACGAGAGGGAAUGCGAUUUUGGCGUACACGCUCAGCGUGCUCGCUGGAUUGACCUUCUGCUGUUUUCUCUCCACUUUGUUCGUCGAGUACAGAACGGAGGCGCACAUGAACACCGUCAAAGUCGUGGUCAAAAACGUGCCCGACUACAGUGCUUCUAGGGAGGAGAACGACCUUGGAUUCCUCACAUUCGAUCUCCAAACCGAUUUGACCCACCUGUUCAACUGGAAUGUGAAGCAGUUGUUCCUCUACCUCACGGCGGAGUACAAGACGUCCAACAACGUGCUGAACCAGGUCGUGCUGUGGGACAAAAUAAUUCAGAGAGGCGAGAAUGCAAUUCUCGACUUCAAAAACGUCAACACCAAAUACUACUUCUGGGAUGACGGAGAAGGACUCAAGGGCCACAAGAACGUGACGCUGACUCUGUCGUGGAAUGUGAUUCCGAACGCUGGACUGCUGCCCAACAUUUUCGCCAUUGGCCAGCACUCGUUCCAGUUUCCCAGCGAGUACGCCAAGACUCGGAUGUGAUUGCGUGAAUGAUUGCGAUUUCUCAAAUAUUAAAAGUCUGUUUCUGUUCAUAAA